AUGGCACGUGUUUUCUAUACGUUAGUGGUACUGGUUUUGUUUAAAUGCACCGCUGGACAUUCACCACCAAUUACAAUCGAUAAGGAUCUGGUGCUUUCUUCCGUGUACGAAGCGAUAAAAGGUAACCGAAUUGAUUCACCGGACGUGGUUAGUGUCCCAGAUGAUUCGCGUAAUAAACGAAAUGUGCGCUACUACACCUACGACGAUCCCAAAGGAGACGAAUUGUAUCCUGGUUAUGGCGAAAUUGUGCACCCUCCUUUGACGGGCCCCGGUCCGACGGCGAAACAGUGUAAACCGGAUCUUUCACCAUCGCUGCAAUCGAUCAGCAUUUCCGACCACAGCUGGGGCGGUAUCGGAACGUCGAUCAUCCACUUGCUGAAGUACCUGAUCGCCGGACUGGCCGUGAUGACGCUUCCGGUGCUGUUGCUGCAGGCCUUUAUUGUACCGUUGAAAAUAUUGAUGGGAUUAAAAUCGAUAGCCGUAGCUAAUACGCUUGUGCUCGGUACGUUCUUGUGGAAGUAUCUCAAUCGCCAACGGUUGAGAGACGAGGACGAGGAUGAAUACGUUGAGGAUCAGACGAGUGGUGGGACGGGUGAUACCGGGGGAAACGGGGCACCAGCUAACGGUAACGAUAAUCGGUUCUUUCCCUUCCGGGCGGAAGAUUUUGAGAAUAUGAACGAGGAGGAGAUCAAAACAGCACUCAAAUUACUUCUCAAGCGCAAUAAACGGUGGUGA